GAGGAGCCACUCUCCUUACCCCUCACAAAGAUGGCGGCUGAUGACAGACUUAGAGAGCCGACCAGUGAAAAGCUGCGUUGCUUUCGGUGAUCACGCCUUGCCCUGCGCCCGCGGGAGCUGGCACCAGGACCAUGACGCUGACCAAGGGCUCCUUCACCUACUCCAGUGGGGAGGAGUACCGCGGCGAGUGGAAGGAAGGCCGCCGGCACGGCAUGGGCCAGCUGACCUUCGCUGACGGCAGCACCUACCUGGGCCACUUCGAGAACGGGCUCUUUCACGGCUGCGGGGUGCUCACCUUUGCUGACGGCUCCCGGUACGAGGGGGAGUUCGUGCAAGGGAAGUUCAGCGGCGUCGGCGUCUUCACACGCUAUGACAACAUGACCUUCGAGGGCGAGUUCAAGGGCGGCCGCGUCGAGGGCUUCGGGCUCCUGACGUUCCCCGAUGGCUCCCACGGGGUGCCCCGCAACGAGGGCUUCUUUGAGAACAACAAGCUGUUGCGGCGCGAGAAGUGCCCGGCCGUGAUCCAGCGCGCCCAGAGCAUCUCCAAGUCCACACACAGCCUCAUGGUGUGACUGCCCCCUGCCCCAGCCCCAGCCCCAGGCCCUCCUCGAGCAGCCGGACACCCCCAACCUGGCUCCAGGGCUCCCCGGGGAAGACCCCCCAACUGCCCCCGGGCUCUGCUCACCCCCCAGGGCAGCUCAUCCUUCCCGCAGGGCCACACGGUGCCUUGCAGAUGCCACAGUGCCAGGGCCCAGGCAGGGACUCGGGCUCUUUUCCAGGGGCAGCCCCCAGCCAGGGUGUGGGGGGCCGUGGGGAGUUGCCCCCCAGGCUGGGAGUGAUGGGAGCUGAGCAGGACAUGGGCCACAGGGGUGGGGGCUGUGUGCCCGGUGCCUUUGCGGGGUGGCCCACGGGCCAGGGGCUGGGUCUCCGACAGGUCAUGCUCCCCACCCCCGCCUGAGACCUGGCCUUGACCCCCAGGGUGCCCUGGCCCUGACAGGGGCAGGAUGGUGCUGCAGAGAUGCCCCAGGGCCAAGCCCUGUCCCCACUAUGGCAGUGCCAAACCCCGCCAUCGCGCCAUGGCAGAGCCUGGCAGGACAAGGCCCAGCCACGGGGACGGUGGGU